GACCGAUGCGGAAACGCGUCCUGAAACAGUUUGGACUUUCCACCUCGCUCUGCGCUUUGGUGCAAUGCGAACACAGCCACAUAGUAAGGCGGAACCCUCCCACUCCUCCUAUUGCUAUAACAACCACAGGUCUGUGUGACUCCUCAGCGCAGCGGCUCCAUCCUCCCAGCAUCGCCGCGUCCCCGCCCCGGAGGAGGAGGAGGAGGGGAAGAGCCUGCAUGUGUUUCCCCGGUCGGUGAUGCGAUCAGCGGGGAGGCUCUGGCUCAGGAUCCGCUACGUCAGACAGAUUAGUCUAAUAACCUCUCUGGGUAGGACAUGCCUCCCCCCUUUGGACUCGCUUGGCAUGGUGUGGUGAUCCUCCUCCAGAGAGCGGCGUCUCCUCAUCUUUUCUCCUCCUCCCUCCUCUCCACCCCACCUCCUCCCCGGUGCGAAAUGGCGCAAGAAAACGGCGAGUCCAGCGACGGCUCUUGGAAAAAGCACGUAGAUGACAUCAAGGACAUCUUUGACUUUAAGGAAGUCCUCGGAACCGGUGCGUUUUCGGAGGUGGUGAUGGCUCGGGAGAAGGCCACUGGGAAGAUGGUGGCGAUCAAGUGCAUCCCCAAGAAGGCGCUCAAGGGGAAAGAGACGAGCAUCGAGAACGAGAUCGCCGUCCUUAGGAAGAUAAAACAUGAGAAUAUUGUGGCUCUGGAGGACAUCUACGAGAGCUCCAAUCACCUGUACCUCAUAAUGCAGCUGGUGUCUGGUGGGGAGCUGUUUGACCGGAUUGUAGAAAAGGGCUUCUACACAGAGAUGGAUGCCAGCCGCCUCAUCCGGCAGGUUUUGGACGCCGUCAACUAUCUCCACUCCAUGGGCAUAGUGCACCGGGACCUGAAGCCUGAGAACUUGCUCUACUUUAGUCCUCAUGAUGAUUCAAAGAUCAUGAUCAGUGACUUUGGGCUGUCAAAGAUGGAGGGCACGGGUGGCGUCAUGGCCACAGCCUGUGGGACCCCUGGAUACGUCGCUCCUGAGGUUCUGGCACAGAAACCCUACAGUAAAGCUGUGGACUGCUGGUCCAUUGGGGUCAUUGCUUAUAUUUUGCUCUGUGGCUAUCCUCCGUUCUACGACGAGAACGAUUCGAAGCUGUUUGAGCAAAUUCUCAAGGCAGAUUAUGAGUUUGACGCGCCGUACUGGGAUGACAUCUCAGACUCUGCCAAAGACUUCAUCAGCUGCUUAAUGGAGAAGGACCCUGAAAAGAGAUUCACAUGCGACCAGGCUCUUGAGCACCCCUGGAUUGCCGGAGACACCGCUCUGCGUAAGAACAUACAUGAAUCCGUCAGCAGGCAGAUGCGCAAAAACUUUGCCAAAAGCAAAUGGAGGCAAGCGUUUAAUGCGACGGCUGUGAUCCGACACAUGAGGCGCCUGCAGCUCGGUACCAGCUUCGGCAGCAGCAUCCAAAGCUCCAACUCUGCGCCGGGCCCUCAGAGCCGAGGCCCCGCCAAGAGCCAAUCUGUGGACUGCGCGCCACUCUCCCUGAAGGACUGUCCUCCCAUAGCUCCUCUUCCAUCUGUUGUUAAAGUGCACAACAAGGACUCUGAUGUUCCUGUAGCCCUGGAGGAUCCCCAGGUGGUGGCUGAACCGGCUCGGCCGCGCCCCUCCACCGUCACGGUCAUCCACACUGGGACUAAAUGACGCCAGGUUCCGCGGGAGGUGAGCUGGGAGACCACCGAGCUUUGAGACCACAGCUGGAGGUCUCACGACGCGACGUGGUUGCCCAGUUUGCCCAUCCCGCUGCCUCCCAUCUGUUAAUGCCAAUCCUUGGGGGAGGAAUUUAAGGAGCGUUGGCUCAGCCUCAUUUAGCACGGCUCAGUGCGUCACCCACCGCUUCCCUUCACAUCGUUACACAGACCCGGAGGUUCAGAGGAAGGGAAGACUCACCUGAAGCUGCUGUUGUGUGGAGACGAACGGUUUUGUCUGGCAGGCGGACCAGGCGGCCGCUGUGGGAGGAACAGGACUGAACAGAACCUUCUAGAAGCCGCCGCUUGUCUCGAUCGUAAAAGGUUGUUCCUCUAAAUGCCUUGUGUAAAUAUCCUUCCUGGAUCCGUUCUGUAGAGUCAUGUUAUGCAGGUGAAACGUAAAGCUACAAGCUGUGGUUAAUACUCGUGCCAUCAUCUGCACUUUGAACUUCCUGCAGUUUUGGGGGGGGGGCCCCCCUCCAACCCGCUGUGGUGUUCGCUGUGACGGCUCACGGCAUCAUAACUUCCAACAGUACGCUGUCAGUGUUGUGUCUUUGUUUCUUUAGUAUGCUACCAAUCAGAGCAGGACAACGUGCAUCGGUUACGGCUGUGAUCAUAGAGGGAGAGCGUGCAAACGAUUGAUUAUCAAUUGGAAUAUUUAUUUUCUUAUGACUUUUUGUAAGAAUAUAAUUUGCUGAGAUGUGUAAAUGUUUAUUAAAACUGGACUUGCAGUUAUUGCCACAUUAGCACCAUAUCUAAUAGAUGUGACUUUUUAAGUGUUGUUUUACUCAACAGGUUUUGAUGUGACUGUAAGGUCCUCUUUUGUCCACAGGAGGGCGCUUUAUGAGUUCUCAGGGAUCUGCAGGGAUGUGCUUGAAUCUAACCAAACGCCUCUGUGCGAUCAAUCACAACUGAGUCGUCCAAUGUAUUAAAAAAUUAUUAUAUAUGUUAAAAAAAAUUAAAAAGAAACACCCAAAUACAGCUUUUUGUCCCCUUGUGCCACAGGGAUAGAUGUUUACUUCCUGACACUAUGUUUCUUAUUGGUAAACCUUGAAUAAAUGUGGAGAACUACCAGUUAUUCUGACUGCAAUGACGUACAGAUGUGACGGUAUUCUGGUUAAGCUUCAGAGUCAGAUGAGUGUACAGUGGUGAAGUUGAAGUAUCGUGCUCUGCUUCCGCUCCUGAAGUGGUUGUUCUGAGAACAGUUCAGCCCUUCUGUGUUUAAUCACUGUGCUUUCAUACCAGCCUGUUGAAUUUAGCAGAAACUAUUUUUUUUUUCUUCCCCCUCCUGCUCUGUCGCUCUCUAAAGACUGGUCUCUCACAGAGAAGAAAAGGGGUCUAUCUUUAUAUAUUCUCUGUGCUUUCUCUGACUUAACUUUUAAUCGCUCAACAUGAAUGUGAAAUUUCAAGAUUUAAAAAAAAAAAUGUAGAAAAGAAACAAGUGCAUGGCCAUUAUCUAAGGUUUUCUAACUUUUAAUCAUCGACAAACGUGGUGAAUAUCAAAGAUUUUGGAAGUCUGCUUACUGUAAAUACAAAAAAAACUCUACAACAUUCAAAA